UUUAUCAUUUGUCAUCACGAGCUACUGUUAUCAAUUCGUGUUUAUACCCGAAAAAAUUGAAUAUGAAAGUUAACAAAAUUUUACCCUUCGAUAACUAUCUUCUGGAUUGUACAAUUUCAAAUCGCCAGUUGGAGCAAAUCGCUGUAGAAAUUUCCAAACGUGGCAGUGUAACUGGUCUUAAUCAGGUAGUUUGGGCAUUAAAAGCAUUAACUUUAACGGACUCGACAACAUUGGGAGGCGAUGAUACGGCAGCGAACGUGCGAAGUCUUUGCCAGCGUGCAGCAUUUCCCAUACCAGAGCAUGUUUUAUUAGAACUUGGAGUUGAACCGGCACUUUUGCCUCAUAUACACACUGCCGCAGUAUGUGUAUAUCCAGCUCGUGUCGCGGAUGCAGCAGCCAAAUUGAAGCAAUUAAAUAAGUACAAUGAAAUACCAAUAGCUUCCGUGGCAACAGGUUUUCCAGCUGGGCAGUAUGGCUUGGACUCACGCUUAAACGAAAUUCAAUUUGCUAUUGAGUCGGGAGCCACCGAAAUUGACAUCGUAAUCAAUCGUCAAUUAGCACUUGUGGGUGAUUGGAGAAGUGUUUACAGUGAAGUGUGCGAAAUGCGAAAGGCUUGCGGCGAAAAAGCGCAUCUGAAAACCAUACUAGCUAUCGGUGAACUAGGCAACAUGGAGAAUGUUUAUAAGGCGUCCAUGGCCUGUAUGCUAGCUGGUGCUGAUUUUAUAAAAACAUCUACCGGAAAGGAGACUGUUAAUGCCACUCUACCAGCUGGUUUGGCUAUGAUAUAUGCUAUACAGGAAUUCGAACGGCGAAAAGGCAUUCUAGUUGGACUAAAACCAGCUGGUGGUGUACGCACUGUACCUGAUGCAAUUGCAUGGUUAACUCUCAUAAAAGAAACCUUGGGUACACGUUGGUUGCAACCCAAUCUUUUUCGCUUUGGUGCAUCCGGUUUAUUAGAUAAAAUAGUAGAAACUGUUAACGGGCAUAUCAACAAUCCGCAAAUUGGAAGUACUAAAAACGCCACCGCUGCCUCUUAUUGAAAAUAAUGUACAAUAUGUUUCUGGGUGAUUCCAACAUUCCUAUUAAUAAACAUUUUGAUAUUGAGCAAUUUUAUAUUAAAAUAAAA